AUGAAUGGGACUUUGUCGUGCGCCCGAUCCCGAAGCUGGGGGCGCGUAAGAAGAGAAAGGAACAGUGUUUUAAUUAUUUUUUUCCUUUCCCUGAGACCCGAAGUGGGGAGAAAAGACGCAGCAAUGACAGAGCAGCAGUCGUGCGCAGCGGCGAAAUAGACCAACUAUUGUGGGGACGGGGGAGAUUGAUACCACAACUGGGGCGAGCGACGAGGAAGCUGGCAGAUGUGAAUUUCGGUGCCAGUCGUGUGCUGGAUUGGACUAUACCAGCCCUUUUCAUCACUCGCUUGCUCUCCAGAUUACUUGGAGGAUCUCGGACGGCUGUCUUUGAGGAGCUCCUGGUGCUGCUGCAGAGACUGAAACGGGAGGAAAAAAAAAAAAAGGAGGGGGACAAGCCAUGUGUCGUUGCGCGACAUAGAAGCUCUUUGUGGGCUGUUUUGCACCGGGGACAGGUGGUGCCGCGUGUGUGUGCAUGCGUGUGUGUGCGCGUAGCAGUAAGGGGGGGGUUGGACACACAACCCCCUGAGACAGUUGUCUUAGGGAUGUCAGGCCGGCGUACGGGAUCAGUUUUUGCCAGAGACAGGUGCGACAGGGAGGAGUAGUUUUCCAAAAAAGCCCCUGCACAGGAUUGUGGUAACGCACUAACGAGGCUGCUGCUGCUGCUCUCUCUACUCUGAUCUCUUGGAUUUUUUUUUUUUUUUUUUGUUGGGAUCCACCGGGACACAGAAUUGACUCACACUGCUGUUCUCUCGGCGGCACCUUUCCCCAGAUAAUCAGAGGCUCCACAGUUGUGUUGCUAUGGCAGCCGUGGCCCGUCCCUCCUUCUUCUUGCUCUGUUGGCUGCUCCGAACGGCGAGCCCGGCGUUCCCAGAGGAACCGGCGCCCCUGAACUUCAUCCCCACUGAAGUUGUGAGAAGAUACCCGGUGUUUCUGGGCCGGCCGCACAGAACGUGGCUCAGGCAGGAGCCUCUGCACAUCCAGAGGAUCCUCCAGGUCAAUCGGACGCUCUACAUCGGAGCCAGGGAUGACCUUUUCCGUGUGGAGUUGGACAUCGUUGCAGGAGAUGAGAUGUUUUACAGCAAAAAAAGGACAUGGGAGUCAAACAAGAACGACAUCAGGAUCUGCAGGAUGAAGGGCAAACAUGAGGAUGAAUGCCGCAACUUCAUGAAGGUGCUGCUCAGCAGACAAGGAGGCCUGUUCCUGUGCGGCACCAACGCCUUCAACCCGCUAUGUGCCAACUACACUGGGGACACUCUGGAGAUGGUGGGAGACACAGUGAGUGGGAUGGCGAGAUGCCCGUACGACCCCAAACACGCCAAUGUAGCUCUGUUUGCAGAGGGGAAUCUGUUUACAGCCACAGUGACAGACUUCCUGGCCAUUGAUGCGGUGAUCUAUCGCAGCCUCGGGGACAGUCCCGCUCUGCGCACCGUCAAGCACGACUCCAAGUGGUUCAGAGAGCCAUAUUUCGUCAGUGCUGUGGAGUGGGGACCUCACAUCUACUUCUUCUUCAGAGAGAUAGCCAUGGAGUUCAAUUACCUGGAGAAGGUGGUGGUGUCACGCGUCGCACGAGUGUGCAAACGCGAUCAAGGCGGAUCGCAGCGAGUCCUGGAGAAGCAGUGGACGUCGUUCCUGAAGGCCCGUCUGAACUGCUCCGUGCCCGGCGACUCCCACUUCUACUUCAACCUGCUGCACUCCACCAGCCCCAUCAUCAGGAUGCACGGCAGGGACAUCAUCCUGGGGGUGUUCUCCACUCCGGCUAACAGCAUCCCGGGUUCGGCGGUUUGUGCCUUUGACAUGGAGCAGCUGGCUGCAGUGUUUGAUGGGAGGUUUAAGGAGCAGAAAUCACCGGAAUCCAUUUGGACGCCUGUUCCAGAUGAAGUCAUCCCAAAGCCAAGACCCGGUGGCUGCGCCGUUCAAGGAUCCAGAUUUAAUUCCUCCAACUCUUUCCCCGAUGAGAUGCUGAACUUUGUCAAGACUCAUCCUCUGAUGGACGAAGCGGUCCCGUCGCUGGGACAAAGACCGUGGAUUGUCAGAACCAUGGUCAGGUACCAGCUGAAUAAGAUUGUGGUGGAUACGGAGGCCGGGCCCUAUAGAAACCGCACAGUCCUCUUCCUGGGGUCGAGCAGAGGCACCAUCCUCAAGUUUCUCAUUAUGCCCAACCAGGACAAUACCGUCACCAACAGCAACAUCUUCCUGGAGGAGCUGGAGGGAUUCAACCCUGAUAAGUGCGCUGAAGACUCUCCGCAGGCCAGGCAGCUGCUGUCUCUGACUCUGGACCGGGUGAGCCACACUCUGCUGCUCGCCUUCCCCUCCUGUGUGGUCCGAGUACCGGUGGCGCGGUGCCAGCUCUACUCCCGAUGCAUGAAGAACUGCAUCGCCUCCAGGGAUCCGUACUGUGGCUGGACCAGAGGAAGCACCUGCUCUUUCCUCAGACCCGGGACCAGACUGCCAUUCGAGCAAGAUGUUGAACAGGGAAACGUGGCCCACUUGGGUGACUGUGACGGAAUGCUGCUCCAGGAGAGUUUCAUUGAGGAGCCUGACGGCCUGGUGUCUGUGAACCUGCUGGUGGUGUCUGCUGUUUCAGCCUUCGCAACGGGAGCCAUCCUCUCCGGCCUCACGGUCUGCUGGAUCAUGAGUCACCGCCACCGGCACUCCCGCGGCUCCGGAGCCAAUGGCGCCCGCCGCAAACGGGACAAAGAGCAGAGCAUGCUGGGACAGGGCCGCAGCGGGUCAGUAAUGAGUGUGACAAGAACCAGCGGUGGGGAGAGGCGGCGUUCGCAGGCAGACAACCCCUUCGUCACGCCCAACGGCUGGCCUAAAGGAGAGAUGGACCCCGGCCUGCUGCCCACCCCGGAGCAGACGCCGCUGCAGCAGAAACGGGCCAUGCGCCUCCCAGACUCCGACUGGGACCAGAGCCAGACCUUCCUCACUGCCGUAGGGACUCCCUGCCCCAACAACUCCGUCAUCUACCUGAGCUCCAAGUUCCUGCACGGAGGCGGAGGUGGUGGGGGCAUGGUCCGGAUAGAGGACCCAGGGGAGGUGGUGCUGCCCCCGCACACGGAACGCCAGCGCUACCUGAUCCUCGCCACCCAGAGAGGGGAGCACGGUGGCAGUCGUCCCACCGGCACCCUGAGGAACUCAGCGGGAGAAUACAUCUACCCCGCCACGCCUCAGGAUUCCCCCGACCGGCGGAGGGUGGUUUCCGCUCCCACUCCCCACAUGGACUAUGGGGAGCCUCGCUGGAGUCACGAGGCGCUCAACUACAACAGCAACAAUGGAGCGCCCUAUCACCCUCAGCGCCAGGGCCUCAUCAGGCCAGACAUGCACGGGCCUCGAGGGCUGGGAGAACUGGCUGACUUCAGUCAUCUUCUAGGAAAGAACAUGGGAGAGCGCACCCCCAGUGGCCAGUGAGGUACCGGAGGUGAAGCCUGACAUCGAGCUCUCUCUAUAAACCCAUUCCCUCCAACAGUAAACUGGAAUAAAUCAACCCCUCAGACUCACUGUUCCGGUCCAACCUUACCCUGUCUGUCCUCUCUCACUGUCAUUCAAUGUUCUGACGUCAUUCAGCUGACUGAAGAGAGAGACGCAGAGAAAAAGAAUCAAAGAGAGAGUUGAAAAAGAGGAGAAAGCUCUCCUUGCGUCCCCUGUUCGUAAUCUGAGGUGCAUCCCUCUGAUCUGUCAGUGGUACCUCCCACAGAGCGUGACUUUGACACCACAGGACAAAACAGCAAAGGUGGAAAAAGAAAAAAAAGAGGGAUGCAAAAGGAAGGGGAGUCUUCUUUAAAAAAGGACACUGUGGAGAUUUUUAAAAAAUGACAAUUUCGCUCGCAGCGCCAAAUGUGAAAGGUCUCCCUCCACCAUUUUGUUCACUGUUUUGACACCAUGGAUCUUCUUUGAGUGUGAAGUUUUGUUUCUGCUUAUGUUUUGUUUUGGGUUUUUUUUUUCGUGCCAGUGGCAUCCAGCAGACAACAAUGUGCUUUACUUUGGAUUUCAGAUGACACUAAAAACUGUUGUAGCUGUGCCAGAGGGCAGUGACUCUCGAUGAAUCAUGCAGUGCGUUUGUGAUCGUGUGUGUGUGUGUGUGAGUGUGUGUGAGUGAAUGUGUGGCCACAACAACCCCAACCAGCGUCCUGGCUUAACUGUGAAGUAUAACUAUAUAAUGAAGUUGGUGAUGAUAACAUUGUUUUUUUUUUUUCUUUUCUUUUUUUAUAAACAAUCACAGAGAGACAAAAGAUUUUUAUUCUAUGUCUACUUGAAGCUCUAUGUGUUUACCAAUCAGAGGUUGGGACGGUUGGGACGGUUGGGACGGUCACCCUGUGUAACUUUUGUGACUCCCAGCACUUCGGAGAGUUGAAGAGAGCAAUAAUAAGCAAGAAAGGAUGAAGAUGAAGCCGAUUUCAUUUGAUAUUUUUGAUAAUAUCGCUGUCUUCUCUGCAAAGCAAACUGAAGCUUGGAGACGUCAGAAAAUAAAUGCAAAGCUCUGGGAAAAACGGAACAGUAUCUACCCCCCACCCCCACACACCCCUACACCUCCACUCCUCUUCCUCCCCCUCCUACUGCCUCUCAGUAUGCCCGGGUCUGUGUGACCUGACUCGAGGCCUCCCUGGGCUCCACGGUCCAUUUUGAAGCAGGGAAUGUGAGCUCUGGCUGUCUGGCUAUCUGACUGAGGCUGUGAGGCCCCGGCCGCUUGGGAGCUCCAUUCAGCCUCUUCUGCCCCGACACUGAGCCUCUUUGUGCCCCCCAGAAGCAGGAGGAGACUGCGGCAACAAAUGGCCGUUAAGAGUCAGGGACCUAGCCCACCGCCGAAGCCUCGCAGAAUAUCAAUGAGGAAGGACACCACGCGAGAUACAACCAACCAGACUCGGGGCAUCUCUCGCGGCUUCACCCCCACGCUGGCAUCUCACUGGGGGUUUUUUUUUUGCCAGGACAGGGAGGAGCUGAGGGGCAGAAGCUGUGGGGUUGAGGUUGAGGUUGGGGCCACUGCUAACCGUCACAAUGGUCAUCCCUUGUGGGUUUAUCCCUUUCUGGCUUUCAGUGUGUUUCCCAACAAAAGCGGGAUAAAGAAAACAGAUGGGCAUGGGUAUACUUGGGUGUGGAGUUACUCUUUCACUCCGUUGUGUGAUCUUUUGAUGUUGUCUGGUUUUUUUUUUUGUUGUCUGCGCUUCAUCCAUUCUUGAUUCAAAUGUAGAUCCGCAGAUAGCUUUAGUUCAUCUGGGUCAUGGUUUAGUAAAGACGGCGCUUUUGUGUGUGUGUGUGUGUGUGUGUGUGAGUCUCUUAGGGCUUGUAUACAUGAAUGUGUUACUCAUAUUGAGUGCAAAAACCAGCUUUGAUCAAAUUUACAGUCAUUCUUACCCUUCUUCUUUUUUCUUCCCAUCCCCUUUCUUUGCUCUAUUGAGCCAUUAAUAGCUGCAUAACACUCGCAAAUGCGUGCUCACAGUGUCGGAUCCUUGCAUGGGAAACGAACGCGCUGUACAAUACCCGUAAACCAUUAUUGUGCGCACAAAGAAGUGCAGUUAAAAUGAAGAAGAUGGGUUCCACUUCACAUGAUAGAUACGAUCAGCACAAACGACUAAACAGUGUUUGAGUUGAGAAAGAUGUGGCCACUGUUUUCCAUUUCAGGCAGCUGUAAUGAAUAUUUUCAUAUUAGCAGUAGAUUGCAUGCAACAACAAACAUCUUCGAACUCGCUGUUUUGGUUUUCUGACUCGCAAAAUUAACUGUUUUGAUUUUACGCUCAUCAUUAGUUUGCAGCUAUUGUUUUACACAUUUUAUACCUUAAUUUGUGAAACAUAAUGAUCUUUUUUUUGCAUUUAACACAAUAACCCAAAGCUACAAAGUCAGUAAAAGUUGAAUUCUGCUACAUCAAGCUUCAACUCCCCCCGACUCGAACGGUGCAAAUUUGUCAAAAUUUAGAUGUAAAUGAACUGUCUGAUCAGAGGGAACGAGUAAACAAGAGCAUAAAUCUGAAAAACACUCGAUACCGGCUGACAGUUUUCGAUACAGUUCUACGAGCACAUUUCUGUUGAGGUUUAAUUCCCCGGCCCUAACAAAUGUACAGCCAGAGCUGGGGGGUAAUAUAUGAGACAAGCCAGUGAAAGAGAUUUAUAAAAGCAAGGACGGAGAGGGCAGGUCAGGCAGGCGAACGUGAUGUUACUGCAUUACCGCCUCGCCACAUUAGUACAGUGUAUUCUUCACACAUUCCGCCCUGAAACAGGUCAUUAGUAUUGAGGAUACAGAGCUCUCAAUCCUCCUCCACCACCACCACCCCCCUGAAACGUGUCUCCAUCUCUGCCGUGGCCUGAGUGCUGCGUGUCUGUUUUGUGUGUGAAUGAGGCCUCUCUGUCUCGGCCGGCGUGCCCAGCCAGCCGUGUCCUCGCUCCGCAUCUCCUCCGGUGUUUCACUAAACAUGCUUGAUUAGGCAAAGUACAUUCCCAGCCCUUUAAAUGGCCUGAUGAGCCCCUGAGAAGAUUACUACAGACACAUCAGCCCAGAGAGGGGAGCUUCAACCACCUCUUUUUUUCUUUUAACCACCAGCCACACACAAACAGAGCCCCUUCAAACCAAAUUUAGGACGCAAUUGAAUUAAGAUCUGAAAUGGAGCUCACGCCUGAAACGGGAAGGAUACAGUACACGAUGUUAUCCUGCAUAAUUCGGUUAUUUCAACAUUACAGGGCAGCUAAAGAAUUCAGGUGGAAGCCGGUGUGUUUAUUGAAGCCGUCAUCCUCCCUGUUUCUUUACAUACUUCAUGUCAUUCCUGUUCCUCCUCCUUAAACAGCUGCACUCUGUCUUCUUUCAAGGCCCACCUUUUUUUU